AUGUGGCUCUACCUGGCAGUUCUUGUUGGCCUAUACUAUCUUCUGCGCUGGUACCGAGAGAGGCAGGUGGUAAGCCACCUCCGAGACAAGUAUGUCUUCAUCACUGGCUGUGAUUCAGGCUUUGGGAACCUGCUGGCCAGGCAGCUAGACCUGCGUGGCUUGAGGGUGCUGGCUGCGUGUCUGACGGAGCAGGGGGCCGAGCAGCUGAGGAGGCAGACAUCAGACAGACUGGAGACGGUGAUCCUGGACGUCACCCAGACAGAGAGCAUCGCUGCAGCCACCCAGUGGGUGAAGGAGCGUGUGGGGAACAGAGGACUCUGGGGCCUGGUCAACAAUGCCGGCAUUAUUUACCCGACUGGCUGCAGUGAGUGGCUGCAGAUUAAGACCUAUGUGAAUAUCCUUGAAGUGAAUCUAAUUGGUUUGAUCAAAGUCACCUUGAGCAUGCUUCCCUUGGUUAGAAAGGCACGGGGAAGGAUUGUCAAUGUAUCCAGCAUCCUGGGAAGAAUUGCAUUCUUUGGAGGAGUCUACUGUAGCUCCAAGUAUGGAGUGGAAGCCUUUUCAGAUGUUCUGAGGCGUGAACUUCAACAUUUUGGCGUGAAAAUCAGUAUAAUUGAACCUGGCUACUUUAAAACCGGGAUGACAGACCUGCAGCAAUCUUUAGAGAAAAUGAAGCAAGCCUGGGAGGAAGUCCCUGCAGAUAUCAAGGAGACCUACGGACAACAUUUUUUUGAUGCCUAUUUCAACAUGACCAAACAAGGGCUGUUGAGAUGUAGCACCAAUCUGAACCUGGUCACUGACUGCAUGGAACACGCUCUGACAUCCGUGUAUCCCCGCACUCGGUAUUCAGCUGGUUGGGAUGCUCAGUUUUUCUUCAUCCCUCUAUCUUACUUACCUACAUCACUGGCAGACUAUAUAUUGACUAGAUCUUGGCCCAAACCAGCCCAGGCUGUCUAA